AUGUUCAAUACAAUUUCAAAAGUGACUGCUGCAAGAAAGGCAGCUGCGGCAAACGCGAUGGCCACAAAUGCAACUCCAGAGCCAACACUGGUCAUUGCGAUUGACUUUGGUACUACUUCCACUGGAGUUGCGUGGGCAGAUACUUCGCGACAUGAUCGCAGGUUUACCAUUACCGAGUGGCCAAGCCUCGGCGAUAAAAUCUUUACUUACCACAAGGUGCCAACCAAGGUCCGCCUACUACCCGACGGCUCGCAUCAAUGGGGACUUUUGAUUACAAAUGAUGCUCACCCCGACGAAGUGCUCGAGUGGUUCAAGCUCGGAUUGGACCCUGACCAUAUUCCCGGCGACAACCAGAGUCUCAAGGCCAAGCUGCAGAGCUUCAACAUUGACGACUUGGCUACACGCUACUUGGACAGCCUUGGAGAGACGAUUUUGCCAAUGAUUGAGGAGAGACUUGGGCGUGCUGUAUUUGCGGCGUUGCCUGUUCAUUUCGUGCUCACGGUCCCCGCCAUCUGGACGGACCGAGCCAAGCAGAGGACCCUCCAGAUCUUUGAGGCCACAAAGAGCUUUGGCGAUGACGAAGCUCAGCGCAGCUUGGAAGGCCGGAGCAAGCGCACUGUGACGCUUUUAUCAGAGCCUGAAGCCGCUGCCAUGUUUGCCUUGGAUGAUUUGGUUCAAAGCGGCCUCAAAGUCGGUCAGACCAUUGUCGUCGUGGACGCUGGAGGUGGUACGGUUGACCUGGUCAGCUACAGAGUCAACGCCUUGACGCCGCACUUUGAAGUCAGCGAGGCAGCUGCGGGCUCUGGUGGCAUGUGCGGAUCCGCCUAUCUUGAUCAGCGGUUUGGUCAGCUUUUGCGAAAACGGGUUGGCGGACUAGACGAGUUCAACGAAGAAAUCUUUGACAAGGCCAUGGAUAUAUUCUCGCAGAGAAUAAAGCGACAGUUCACAAUGGCCUCUCUGCCAAAUGGAAAUUUUAGCGUUCCAGUGGAAGGCCUCCCGGAUAACCGAGACGCCGGUAUCAGGCGUGGGCGUAUGACUAUCAGGGCCACAGACAUGCACGUUAUUUUUGAAGAGGUAGUCUUGAAGGUGAUCCAAUUGAUCAAUGAACAGAUUGCCGCAACUGGAGGCACGGUCGACAAGAUUCUGCUCGUCGGAGGAUUUGGAACCUCUGUAUAUCUCCGAGAGAGAAUCCAACAGGCCAUGGAUACAAGGGUCGGCAGCAAGGUGGACAUUGUUUCGCCCAACUCUGCUCAGCUGGCUGUUGUCAAUGGUGCUCUGUUGAAGGGUAUGGAACUUACUGACCCAGUCCAGCUAACCAGAGUCAAGGUCAAGGAUCGCGUCGCCCGUAAACAUUACGGCAUGGAGACGUCUGUGCGCUUUAAUCCAGUGGCUCAUCACUCGAUUGCAGAGCACAAGUACUAUGAUGGCAUGGAUGGUCAUGAUAGUGUCGCUGUCAUGGACUGGUUCAUCAGAAAGGGUGAGCGCAUCACGGAGGCUGUUCCUUGGCGGAAAAACUUUCUCCAAGUCUCAAGAGUUUCCGGGGGUCGUCCUGAAUCAAUCAAACUCGAAGUGUAUUCAGACGAGACCUCUCAAAUAGCACCGCUGAGGAAAAAUGGCAGUGUAAAAUCACUCUGCCUUGUAGAGGCGAACUUGAGUGCUAUUCCGGAUGCCGAUCUGCCUAUUCGCCGAGGUAUUGAUGGUCAUGAUUAUUAUGACAUUGAUUGCGAUAUUGAGGCAGCAUAUGGAUCUGCCAUGACGAGCUACACUCUGAUCUAUAGAGGUGUCAUCAUUUACUUCGUCCGACGAUCGCGCAACUACAGAUAUCGCAGCACCCGAUUCAUAGCACAAUGCAAGGACAAACAGGACAGAUCUCACAGCCAAUAUCAGGCAGGCGUCCGGACUCAUUCUCACUUUCUUGAUUGGCUUGAAUCUGGCGAGCCGCUGACUACACCUCCUAGGGAGUGCAAUUCUUGCCUCGAGGAUAAACCUCUGACUGACUUUCCCAUUCGUGGCGUCACGUCAAAUUGCAAGCAUGCGCUCACUACCUGCAUCGAGUGUAUUAGGACGUCGAUCCAAACGCAAUUGGGAUCCAAGCAAUGGCAGGACGUUUCAUGCCCCGAGUGCCCUAAACGAGUGGGCAUUGACGACAUAGCACUGUACACGGACGCAGACACGACCGCUCGGUACGCAGAGUACUUUCUCAAUAGGACUCUGGGUGAGUCCAAGCAAUUCGUAUGGUGUCCCUUGCCAGGUUGCUCCUCUGGGCAAACGCAUCACGCAGGAGCCAAGCAACCCAUCGUCUUAUGUGAAUCAUGCCAGCGCCAGUGGUGUUUCAACCAUCAAGAUGCGUGGCAUGUCGACUAUUCCUGCGAGGACUAUGAUACUUUUCUAGCCGACCGGACCUUUCAGACUCGUGCGCAGCAACAAAUACAGCUCGAAGAUGCCGAAGAUGAGGCGGCACGCCAGCUCCAGAGGGCCAUUGAGGACGCUGGUCAAUUAUUCAAUCAGGUUCUUCUCAAUGAGGAGGAAGCCGCUCAAGAACGGGCCAGACUUGAGCAGGCUAGGCGAGAACAGGAGCUGCGUGAAGCCCAAGAACGUGCGAGGCGCGAGGAGGAACGAAGGAGGGUCGAGGAGGCCGAGCGGGAGAGAGCGCGUAAUCGCCAGGCCGAGUCUACAGCGAGUGAGAGGUUUGCUAACAAGACAACGAAGCCAUGUCCAAGCUGUGGCGUCAGAAUAUUCAAGGAUGGCGGUUGUGAUCAUAUGCAUUGCUCUCGCUGUGACACGGACUACUUUUGGGAAAGUGGUAUCAUAUGGGAGGAUGAGGAUGAGGAUGAGCAUUGGUAG